AUAAUUAAUAUAAUAAUAAUAAUAUAUAAAGUUAGUUAAAGGUUAUACAGGAAUAUUGACCAGUUUUCAGACUUAUACAAAAUUAUUUUCUCAGGUAUCACCAUAUCUGUGUCUAUAGAAACUGUUUUAUACACAGCUUUAUAAACAGUAGCAGUAAAAAAGCCAGUAGACAUAAUUUAGACAAUUGAUUAUUAACCAUUAUCUUGAGCCAAUGUUACAGAAACAUAGGGUUUACUUCACAGAAGUAAUGUCAAUUAGCUUCAAAUUAUAGCUGAACCUAAAAAAAAAUAGAGAUGUUUUUGGUAUUAAAGUGAAUUUCAGUAUUAAUAAGGGGUGGACAGACCUUCAAAAACUCUAAUAUGCAGCCCUGACCAAUGUUAUGGUUGCCCAGAAACCUGAAUGACUUGGCAAAAAAAUGGUAGCAUAAAGCAAUUGAUUAUGGUGAGCUAGUUAGCUAGCUAGGCCACUAACAAACAAAUUAGGAUAAAAAAAAAUCUGUGAUGAUGUAGCAGUAGGCUAUAUCCUUUUCUAAGAAAGUGUCUGAUUUAGCACAUCAUGUUUGCAGUCUUGAGAAAAUGACAGUAAGUCUCUGAACAAUGUUUGUGCAAGGCAUGUGGCGCUAGCAGGAGAGUUCAACAGUUUCCACAUAGACACAUGUUUUUGAUUGUUAUAUGUACAUGCAAAUAAAUCUGACCAGUAAAAGGUGAUGUACAGUAUGUAGUGUAACCAAGCAUAUUUUAUUUAAAUAUACUUACGGAAUAAAAACUAUAAGACUAUAGCAAUUAAGGUUUUUCUGUCUUUGAACUGGACUGAAUGUAAAAUAGUAACCCAGACAUGUAGUAUGGGCUGUUUACUUUUUAUAUUUCUACAGAAAAGAUUUACAUUUCGAAGAUUUACAUUCCUCUGCCAUCCACUAUUAAGGAAAUUUUAAGCUGAAAAAAAAAAAUCUCUGUGCUUCUUAAGUGAGAAUGACUGCACUAUGAAUGAUGUUGGAGUGAAGUAUCCAGACUUUGCUGUUUACUGAGUACAUUGAGUACACUACAAACUGACAAAACUGUGCACUAUAUAACUUUUUUGAUUGUGAUUUAGGAUGCAACAUGGCAACCCAAUAACUACAGACUGCAUGCUGUACAGUACAUUGUAAAUGUGUACUAACAAACCGGUUUAUCUCCUUAGUAAUGGCCAUGCAGAAAAGACCACUUAGAAAGCUGUUAAGUCCACUUCCUCCCCCUGGCCAUGAUUUCCGAGUUGGAUUGCUGCAACUUAAGAACGGUCAAAGGAUGAAGCCCUUGCAAGUAUUCCCCCAGGUGGGAGAGCUUCCUGCUGUGGCAGGUUUAUUGCUCUACCCAGAUAAGUGUGAGAAGAUGGUAACAACGUCAGAAAUAGCUUUUGGUCCCAAACCUUAUGCCAGGACUGAACCACAGAAGAUGCUGAAGUGUAGUCUGACUCUGGAGGGGGAUCAAAGCUACGUAACAACCAACCAAGAAGCUUAUCCAGCUCAGGCUUUAUACGGUGAUCCGUUGAUGAUGAUGAUGAUGAUGAGAAAAAGCUUAGUUAGACGUGAAAGGACACCAACAUCACACUACCAAACACACUACCAACAGAGCUUCGUCCGACCACAGUGUAUUUAUGGGAGGAGACUUCAAGCCCUGCCCCGCCCUGAUAACCUCGCUAUCAACCCAGCACUGAGGGCUGACUUUAAGACAGUCCAAAUGGAGACCUACCCAGGAUGGGACACCUGUCUUUACUCUCGUCCUCUUCCGGCUAAACUGAAGGAGCAACUGUCACUUAAAGAGCAGUCACCUGCUGCAGGAAUGACUUCCAGAGCUGGCUCUUCGGUCAACGGCAGAUGAUCUGAAAAUGUCCAGACUGCCCAUCAGAACCAUGGAAUGAAGAAAUACCGCUGCUUUACCAAAGUCACUAUCAAAUCUAGCACACUGUUAAAGGCAUGAUCAGGAAAUUCUAAUUUAAAGAGUUUUCCACUUUACUCCAAAUUUAGCUCAUUAAAAAGAUAUUCGACCUUUCAUGCAUAUGUUAAUGUUCAAAAGUGAAGAAGCAUCUUCAUUUUUUAUUGAAGCUAUAAGCCUAAUGUGGUGUAAGCAGUGGAUAUCAUUAUUAACCAUUUAUUCACUUAUAAAAUGCAUUUGUAAAAAAAAAAAGGUACAUAUUUAAGUGUAAGCACAAAGCAGGUCUGAAUUAUUAUAGAAAUCACUAAUGUUGAUGGAAGUGUGCUGAAGAAAAUUAUCAAUCUAAAUAGUGUCACAGUGUGUCUGGGUAACAUCAUCCCUACAGAUCUACAUACAUGUGCUGGUUGUUUAAAUGUGAUGGUGUGCACAAUUAUGUAAAGUCUACACUCCGUAACACUUGUGUUCUGUUUGGGUCAAUGUAAAACCAUCAUAUUAUUCUUCCCCAUUGAGAAACUUUGUGAUUCUUUAAAUAAAU